UGUUGACUUAUUAAACUAUUUCCCACAGUUAGUUGUCCUAAAAGUGGUCCUUUUGCAACACAUAGGGACCAGUGGUGGGGUAGCAUGCUAAUGCUAUCUAGCUAACGUUAUAUACAGCAGAUAGUAACGUAGCAACAGGAAGUUACACUAGUUCAUCGUCCAUAACUAGCUAACUAUUAUAGCUACCGGUACUUUCUCUCAAAAUGACCUAAUUGUUAUUUCUCACUCAAAAAUGUAUAGAAUGUUAUGCUAUGCUAGCAGCCCAACCUACAAUAAAUAAUUCAGGGAUUUUGUUAUUUGGGAAACGAGGGUAAUGUGCCUGUAAUACACUAGCUACUAACACUUAUGAUCAGUUUGUAUGGUACAGGACGAGGUCCUCUCAGUCCACAGUCUCAUGGCUUCACAGUAAGGUUAUGAAUAAUAUUUUUAAAUGUGUGAAACCCAGUCGGAACUGACACUAAGGUUAUUUAAAGGUUAGAACCUUUAGAUGAAAACCUAUGAAGCAUUAUGUUGCAUGUUAGAGAUGCUAGUUGUAAACACACCCAACAUUACAGCUGACCCAGAGGAAAUGUUUGGCUUUUUACAUGCAUCGCUACUAUAUGCAGACCUAACCUCUGCUCUCUCAUACUGUAUGUGAAAUCCUACUGUUACCUCCAAAGUUGUCUAACAUAAAGUCGGGUUGGGUAAUUACCUAAAAAAUAGGUACGAUCUGGAGAUUAACCAAGGGUAUUUAUUCAUUCUGACACAAACCUCUGAGAUGUGGUUGAGCCAAAUGAUGAGUCAGACAAUCAUAUAUUGUUAUUGUUAUUUUCAAGGCAGGAGUAUGCACGCACAUCCAAACCAAAGGGUGCAGCUGCUGCACCCAAAGUAAUCGGAUCAUGAAAUGAACACACAAAGUGUACAUUGGAGCCAUGUAGUGUGUGAGAACAUUAUCUAAUGUUAUUUUAAACUCUACCUUCAAAGUCCAUGAACCUCGCAUGCUGAGGAGAUAACGGACUCUGCACAAGGAAGUGGCCGAUAGCUAGCUUGCUGAUAGCUAAUAUGACAUGGCCUUUCUCAUGUGCUGGUUAUAAAUAACUAGCAUAUUGAACAUGUCGUUCAGUGUGACGCAAAAGUGUUAUGUUGUUAUGGUGAGCAGGGGUUCCCUCUUCUUGGGGGAUUUGAAGGGGGUGUAAUGAGACAUAGUACAUAGUUAUUAACAGAUGAAAUGUUAUAAAAUAAGGGACAUAAAGUACUAAAAUACUUAUAGAUGUAAAAUCUAGGUUGGGUAACAUUGGAGAAGCCAGUAAGAGUAAACUAGAUUUUUUUUUAAAUGAUCCAACCAAAAAAGAGACAUUAUCUAUUGUUUGUAGGAUUGCUCUAUUAACACAUUUUACAAAUAUGCAGUAUGUGUACAUUUCAUUUUCUGACUCCAUCUCGUUCAAUUUUAGAGUUUUUACAUUUUUUGACAGGUAUAAAAUGUCUUUAGGUCAGUAAUUGCACAACACCUUACUGUAUUUACUUGUCUCUCUUGGAGGAUUAAAACUUUUACUUAAAAAUGCUAAAUUGUUAAAAAAAGCUAACUCUGAUCUGCAUAUACAUCACUCUGAAGAAGAUAUAUUUACAACUAGGAGUAUAGUGUCUAACUGAUCCUGACCAGGUGAGGUGUUGGGGGAUUAUUGUUAAGGGAGUACAGACUAGCAUCUUGUGGUAAUGUCAUUAUUGAGGAGAGGUCUACCCACUGGAAGCACAGUGACGGAUGACGUCUUUUAUUAAAGCGGUACGAUCUGUUGGAAAUAACCUGCAGAUAGAGACGUGUGAAUAGAAAGGCCUAAAGGUCAGAGAAAUGGAACUGCAAAUACAAAAUCAAGUGGAUAACAAGGACAAGGAAAGUGACUGGGUACUUAUUUCCCUUAAAAACUCUGAAUGAGGAUCAAUGCAACUUAUUGGCCGAACUAACUUCAGUCGUGGUAGUUAACUGUUUGACAUGCGUUAAAUUAGCACAAAUGUAAAUGUGUAAUUGGAACCAGUCCUUCCUAAUUCAUUAUUUAAAAUAGUUUUUUCUAUUUAUACCCUGGGCUCGUAACCAACAGCGGCUCUUGUGAAGUCUUGUUAUAUGAGUGUUUUUGAAGCUGUAGGAAUGUGAAGCUGCAGGGUGCUGAACAAAAGCACAUUUUUUUUCAAAACCUUAAGAAAGGGAAUUGGAACUGAGCCACAUCCUAGUAUUCUAGGAUUAUUACUCUUUAAGACUUUAAAUCUGUUGCAAUAAGGGAGGAGAACUUACCUCACUUCCUUAAAAAUAAAAAGGCAAGCCUGUACAAAACAUUAACUGCAGAAGUUACGUAAUGGCAGAAAACAAAUAAAUAUUGGCUCAUUAUACACAGUGUCUCUGAUCAUUACCUUUCUCCCAGUAACCUUUAUCAUUGUCACCCACCAUGUUCAACGGUCUGUCAGUCUGUGCUUUGAAAUACAACCUGCUUGACUUAGAGAGCAUAUGUUCACAGUAAAUACCACACACUUUGCUUUACUGUGCAAGGUUACCAUAUAACGAGAUUGAAAUACAGAUAAGAUAAUGUUAAACAACAAAGCAAAUAUAGUAGGCCAGCCAAAGUUCUACUGCAAAGGUGGCUUUUAAUGAUGCUGGAGAUAAAUAAAUAAACAAAAUAAUGCUAAUGGUAAUGGGUGAAUUUUUAUUCUAUCAGAAUCAGAAGUACUUUAUUUGUCCCACGAAAUGUACGUUGUUACAGCAAAGAGCAAGAGAGUAAAGUGGCGAGUACACAGUUAAAUAGAAUAAAAUACAGUAACAGUAAUAUGAGUACGGAGUCAAUGGAAAGAAAUGUGUCGGAGUGAAUAUUGCACAUGACAAUGAUAAUUGCACACAGUGUUUGAAUAGACUUUUCUCGGUGUGGUGGACUACCAGGGGCCGUGGUGAUCAAUCUUUUAUGACAUGGUUCACUACGGUCACUCCAACCAGCUGCGGCAGGCCAAAGCCAUGGGAGAGUACCUCAUAGUCGGAGUGCAUACAGAUGCUGAGAUUUCCAAGCACAAGGGUCCUCCGGUCUUCACUCAGGAAGAACGUUACAAGAUGGUACGGGCCAUCAAGUGGGUGGAUGAGAUGGUAGAAGGAGCGCCUUACGUCACCACGCUGGAGACUCUGGACAAGUACAACUGUGACUUCUGUGUGCACGGAGAUGACAUCACGCUGACGGUAGAUGGUAAGGACACGUAUGCAGAGGUGAAGCGCGAAGGCCGCUACCGGGAAUGUAAACGCACGCAGGGCGUCUCCACCACUGACCUGGUGGGACGAAUGCUUCUCAUGACCAAAACCCAUCACAGCAACAUGGAUAACCCAGAUUACCAGCAGCACACUGACAACUUUGGAAAAGGUCCUAAAGGCCACAGUCCAUGGACAGGAGUGUCGCAGUUCCUCCAGACAUCCCAGAAGAUCAUCCAGUUUGCCUCAGGAAAGGAGCCUCAGCCCGGAGACACCAUCAUCUACGUGGCCGGGGCAUUCGACCUCUUCCACAUUGGCCACGUUGACUUCUUAGAGAUGGUCUAUAAGCAAGCAGAGAGGCCCUACGUCAUCGUGGGUCUUCACUUUGACCAGGAAGUGAAUCGGUACAAGGGGAAGAACUAUCCAAUCAUGAACAUCCAUGAGAGGACGCUGAGUGUUCUGGCUUGUCGGUAUGUGUCAGAGGUGGUGAUUGGUGCUCCUUAUGCAGUGGGCAAAGACCUGCUUGAUCAUUUUAAGGUGGACCUGGUGUGUCAUGGCAAGACGGAGGUGUUUCCAGACAAGGAUAUGUCCGACCCCUACGCCGAGCCAAAGAAGAGCGGGGUAUUCAGGACCAUCAAUAGUGGGAACAAUCUCACCACUGAUGACAUCGUCCAGAGGAUCAUUGAAAACAGGCUGCAGUUUGAAGCCAGGAACCAGAAGAAGGAGGCCAAGGAGAUGGCAGUGAUCGAGGCGAUGAAGAGGAGAGAGCACCAGAGUGAAGGUGCAGCCCAGGCUGCUCACUAGUGACACCUCGGACCUGGUUCUGUGUGUGAUUUACUCAUCCCGGUAUACUCGGCUUUAACAGGGUGGAUUCAACUGACCCAGGGAACUGGACCUCGCUGGGUGAAACGACCCGUUGGUCUCUAAUAGUCCACUGGGUGCAGAAUCUGCUUUAAAUAUUUGUGGUGGCAGUGUGUCGUGCAUGCUGCUGCGUUAGCUUCUCUCAGCCUUCAUCUGUACAGUCAAUUCCGGCCUAAUGCAAUCAGAUCUGCCUCGACAAGAACACAAAGAGAGAGAACUUUAUAAUGUUGUCUCUGUCGUGUAUUGUUUUUGUCCAUGAAAUCACACACUACGUGUUCUUGUAAAGAAGUGGUAUGUUAAGUUUGUAAUAAGCCAUAACUUCAAUGUUUUUAGAUUUUAAACCAUAUUCGUUUUUAAUGAUCGGUCUCAUCUUCAUUGAGUAACUUUUAAUGUGGUCUAUUUUUUUAUUACACUUGGAAAACAUUUAUUUUAAUUUCUAGAAGUCACUAUGUUUUUGUCCAUCCUGAAAAAACAGUUUUUACUACGUUAAAUCAUCGGUGGAGUAGUCUUUUAAUUUCAACUGUGGAUUUGAACUACCUGAUUUUGAAACGGGUGUGUGUGUGUGUGUGUGUAUAUGUGUGAGAGAGAGAGAGAGAGAGAGAGAGAGAGAGAGAGAGAGAGAGAGAGAGACAGAGAGAGAGAGAGAGAGAGAGACAGAGAGACAGAGAGACAGAGAGACAGAGUGAGUGUGUGUUUGCACUGUAAGUGACAGGAAUGUGAAGCAUUCCUGAAGCUACAACUAAUUUAGUGUCUGUGAAUUGCACCAAAGAGUCUAAACUGUGUCUAUGACCUUCUCUCUUCAGUCUGCUAUCAAGAAAUAUUUUUUCGAAAACUAUUAUGUCCUCUUUUGAUGUCCUUGACAAGAGAAUCCAAGAAUCCUAAAAAUGUGGGACCUCACUUUCAAACUGCUUCUGCUUCUGUCGAUUGUUGAAUUUUACAGUCUGUUGCAUUUCCUGUUAUAUGGGGCAUAUUACUCUGACGUGAAUUAUUACUGGAGUGAGACCGUUUGUGUUUUAUAAAUGUGUCUGUAGGAUGUUGACAGGCUGAGAAAUAAGUACAUUUCUAAUUAUUAGAUGGUGUUCACAACCUUUCAAUCACUAUAUUGCAAAUGUGUAAAUUUCCCUUUUAAUAAAUAAAUUGGAAAUAUG